AUGGGGAAAUCGUUGUGGUCGCUAGAAGCCCUACAAUCUAACGUUGCUACUGUGCCUGGCCGUUCCUCAAAAGAAGAAUUCUUUGUCUCUGAAACGACGUCGGAUAAAAUAAUGACAAUAACAGGCGAUUCACAUCUCCAAUUGAAUCUGUUGUGCCAAACUGUCGACUUGCAAGGUAUGGCUAGUUAUUUGCGAGAUUCUAAGUAUCUAAGGCAUCAAGCUCAAGCUUCUUUCAAGUACGAAAUAACAACAGAACUUCGACAGCUUACAAUGGAACACCUGAAAAAAGAUAAAAUUGAACAUCCCGAGAUUUUAGAAGAAGAUAUUGCCACCCAUGUUAUUGUUGGAAUAAAAUAUGGUGGACAGAUUAUCAUGAAUUUCGUUGAGGAGCUUGAUAAAGAAGAAUGCUCGCAAAAGUUGAAAUCUGAGCUCCUGUUAGAGAAGUUAAAGGGAAUAUUUUCGGGUAAGGUUGACGGUGGUUAUACUGGUAAUGAUUAUAGUCGGGAUGAAAGGAUAAAGUGCAAUUUGUACAGCGAUUUUCCUGUUGAUACAAACCCGACUAAUGUUAAAGAAGCAGUAGAGCUUUACAAGAAGCUACCGUCCUUGACAAGCAGUGGAAACAUUGGAAUUCCAGUUUCUUUUCACCUAUGUCCUUUACAGAGCCUCGCUGGAAAAGGCGGUGAUACUGUGAAAGAGAUUCGUUCUUCAUUAGUUCAGAAGAUAUGUUUCAUAAAAGAGAAAAUUCACUUUAUCCUUGCUUCUUGUGAGGAUCUUGUUCAAGCGGAUGGUUUUCCGAGCGCAAAAAGAAAGCUUAGAUUGUUCAUGGAAAUGGUGCAGCAGUACAAGCAUUUUUUAAUUCAAAAGGUUUCAGAAUUGCAUCGUGAAAUUUCGUGUGGAUCAGCCGAUAAUGAUCACCUCGAUACUUUCUUGAGGGAGCAGGAAUGCUCGGUAUUUUCACAUUCCGGCCUUUCAAAAUGGCUCAGUGUGAAGGAGCAGGAAAUGAAGGUCAUGCAAGGUUUGAUGAAAUCGCUCAAGACCCCAUUUGUUGGCCGUGGAGAACUGGAAAGCUACUUCUUAAACCCUAACAUUUACCACCUAGUAUGCCUUGCUUUCAAGCUUUUCCCGGACACAGACACCCAACUUCAGAAUAUGGAACGAUUUUUGGAGAAAGAACCAGUGCAGGAAUUUGAACAGCCUGUGAUGAUGCCAUUCGCCUCAUUCGUACGUGCGUCUUUGGAGCGUUUUCUGACGCUAAGGGAUGAUAAUCUGAAGUGUAAAGCUGCCAAGUUUGUCAUCACAGAAGAACCUCUUGGCAAGGAUCCUAAGUAUGUAUGUUUGAUUCCAUUACCAAACAGACUGGUGAGAUUAUAUAGAAUAUUGAAAUAA